AUUUUCAAAAUAUUUUUCUUGCAGCAAAAUGUUUAAGCUACUCAUUUUCCUAACCGUCUGCGCCGCGGUGGUUUCGGCCAAUUUGGUGCGUGUGCCCAUCUACAAGAACCCCAACUUCCACAGGACUCGCUCAGCCGUGAGAACUGAAACCGCUUUCUUGCGCGCCAAAUACAAUGUGAGCAGUGCUUUACGCAGCGCCACCGAAGAAUUGGACAAUGAAUUGAAUAUGUCAUACUAUGGCACCAUCACCAUUGGUACACCACCACAGGAAUUCUUGGUGCUCUUCGAUUCUGGUUCCUCCAACUUGUGGGUCCCAUCAUCCACCUGCCCCACCAGCAACCAAGCAUGCCAAAGCCACAACCAAUACGACUCGAGCGCUUCCAGUACUUAUGUUGCCAAUGGUGAGGCUUUCUCCAUCGAAUAUGGUACUGGCAGUUUGUCUGGUUUCUUGUCUCAGGAUACUGUCAAUGUUGCUGGUCUCCAGAUCCAAAAUCAAGUGUUCGCUGAAGCUAUGCAGGAACCCGGCACCCAAUUCGUCAACUCGAACUUUGAUGGUAUUUUGGGCAUGGCUUUCCAACAGAUCUCCAACGAUGAUGUAGUGCCACCAUUCUACAACAUGUGGACUCAGGGUUUGAUCAGCAGUGAUGUGUUCUCCUUCUAUUUGGCACGUGAUGGUACCUCCAGCCAGGGUGGUCAAAUGAUUUUGGGUGGCUCUGAUUCUAGCUUGUACCAAGGUGGUCUUACUUACGUUCCCAUCUCGACGCAAGGUUACUGGCAGUUCAGCUUGGGUGGUGCCACCAUUGGUGGCCAGACUAUGUGCGGUGAUGGUUGCCAAGCUAUUGCUGAUACAGGCACCUCACUCAUUGUUGCACCAUACAAUGCCUACAGUGUCUUCAUGAACGUCGUCGAUCCCGAUGGUGAUGAGAUCGUCGAUUGCUCACUCAUCGACAGCUUGCCCGAUAUGGAAUUCGUCAUUGGUGGUAACACCUUCCUUGUACCUGCUUCCCAAUACAUUCUCAACGACUACGGUGAGUGCUCACCUGCCGUCAGCUACAUGGGUACCGACUUCUGGAUCUUGGGUGAUAUCUUCAUUGGUCUUUACUAUACCGAAUUCGAUAUGGGCAACAACCGUAUUGGCUUUGCUCCAGUCGCCUAAGAAAUAUCUAAAAUAUUGUGUUGAAAGUCAUGUCGACUAAAAGUUCAUGAUGUUUUAUUAUUUGCUGCGAAAUAAAUGUGAAAAAUAUAUUAAAUAA